AGUUGAUUCAGUCUUGUUUAUAUUUUGAAAAGGUUCGGUUGUGUUUUUUUUUUUUUUGUUGUCUGACAAAAGCCAGACAAACCAGCGUAAGAUUUUCAGUAUAUUUUGCAAUAUAUUUAAGUGUUCAAAGUGCCAUUUUUCAAUUUAUAACCCAUUAUGGAUCGGGCGUCUAUUUACUUUAUGGACGAAAGUCAACAAAAUACUUACGAUUUUGAUGAAGAAUUACCACCGCUUCCCUUGCCAGAUCUACACGAUACCAUGCAAAGAUAUUACGAAAGUGUUAAACCUUUUGGAACAGUAGAAGAAUUAGCUGUUACACGUAAAGCUAUAGAGGAUUUUGAAAAUGGCAUUGGGUCUGAAUUACAUAGUAAACUAAAAGAACGGGCAAGCAAAUUAAAAAAUUGGCUAGGUGAAUGGUGGGAUGCCUAUGCUUAUCACAUGCUAAGAUUACCACUAAAUCCCUAUAUUGUAAUGGCUAUGCCCGUCAAAUUGGAAGUUAUUGGUCUAUCUGAAACUCCAGAAAUGGCGUUGAAGAAUUUAGCUCGUUUUGCUUAUCACACUAUUGAAUUUUGGGACUUACUGCAUAAGGCCACCAUUAAACCAUUAUCUUCAAAUGGUGGUAAAAUUAAGUAUUCCUCUGCUUUGUAUAAACGUUUCUAUUCCACCAGUCGUAUUCCGGGAAUAGAAAUUGAUCACAUUGAAUCGCAUUUCAAGACUGUUAAAGAUGGUAAAACACCCUCUCACUGCUUGGUUUCGGGUAAAGGUCGUAUUUUCAUGUUUGAUUGCUUACAUCCCAGCGAUGGUACCUUGAUUACCCCUUUAGAAAUUUUAGUAGUACUUCAACGUAUACGUAGUAUUUUAGAUUACGAACCAAUGGGUGAUUGUGUGCCAGUUUUAACACAUGAUGAUCGUACUAGUUGGGCAGAGAAUCGCACACGAUUAUUAGAGCUAUCACCAAAUAAUAAAGACACAUUGAAAUUGAUAGAAAGUUCCUGUGUAGUGUUAGUGCUCGAUGAAAAUGAGCCACGGGACUAUGCCGAAAUUUCACAGGCAGCCGUAUAUGGUGAUUAUCAUUCAAAGUGGGGUGAUCGCAGCAGUACCUUAAUCAGCUACAAAAAUGGCAAAUUUGCGUGUGUGGGAGAGCACUCCUGUUAUGAUGGCACUGUUAGUGUUAGCUACAUUUUGUUUAUACAACUAAGUUUAAUUGAAGAACCCGAACCCAAUUGGGAUGAAAGCAGUUUAAUGCCAUUGGUACCAAUAAGAGAAAUAAAAUUUGUAUUAAAUGAUAAAUUGAGAUCGGAAAUCGAACGCGUUAAACAGGCUUGUGACGAAAGAGGUCAUGAUGUUUUAAUAACUCAUGAAUUGUUUGAAGAUUAUGGCAAAGAAUACAUUAAGACAUGUAAAUUACAUCCAGAUUCUUUUGUACAAGUCAUUAUGCAAUUAGCAUACACAGAAAUGCAUGAAGAAAUUGCUUCCACUUAUGAAACUGCGUUGAUGCGUCACUAUUACAAUGGACGUACUGAAACCCUAAGAUCUUGCACUAAUGAAGUAUACAAUUUUAUACAAAUCGCGCGUAAUAUCAACUCGUCAAAUGAAGAAAUUGUUAAAGCUUUUCGCAAAGCGGUAAAUCAUCAUAACCAUAUGAUGAAUGAAGCCCGCAAAGGUCAUGGAAUUGACCGUCAUUUGUUCGGUUUAUGGUGUAUAGCUUACGAAAAUAAAGUUGAUAUACCAGAUUUUUAUUCAGAUCCACUGUAUUUAAAAUCAGGCGGUGGUGGUAAUUUUGUCUUAUCUACCAGUACUUUGGGUUAUUCAGUAAAUGUGGGCUUCGUUGCACCUAUGGUGUUGGAUGGCUAUGGCGUCUUUUAUACCAUAACGGGAGAACACAUUUUUAUACAAACUUCUGUCUUUCGUGACAGCCAAAAAACUAGUGCCCACAAAUUUAAUCAACAUUUUAUAAACACAUUCCGUAAAAUGAAAUCAUUACAAGAAGAAGUGUCACAAUCAAAACUAUAAUUCAGUGUUUAAAGUUAAGCAUAUUAAUUAAAAAUAUUAAUUAUUAUUAUUAUUUGUAAGUAGAUUAAGUUAAUAAUUGGUGUCGUGCAAUAAUUUUAAAACAUAUUUUAAAUGUUUUUUGAAUUUUAAAAAAUACCAAUAAAUUUUAUAAUUUAAGAUAAUUUUUGAUAUAUGUAUACAAGAAAUAUUUA